CCUAAACAUUCUUUAUUGCUUCCUUUGGGUUAUAAUAGGUAAAUAUUGAAAAUAUUGGAAACAAAGGGGAUUCUUCUUUAUGUAGCAAUCUCUGCUUUGAGGAGCCCGCAUUUAGAUUUACAAAGUAGUACUUUAUUCUGAGGAAGAAUAGGGAGAACCAGAGGAAAUUUAGAAAUUAGUGUCUCAUCCAACACUUUUGCUUUACAGAAAAAGCCGCUGAACAGGAGGGUUACGGUGACAAGCCCAAGAUCACCCAGAGUUUUAAAGUGUAUGCUGAAAAAUAUUGGAAAGAACCUACAAACCCAUUUACUGGGUAAAUGCAUUAUGAGGAAGACCCACAACAGAGUACCAUGCAGCUGGAGACAUGAUCGUAGGGAGGCAUUCGGGACCAGACAGUGGGUGAUUUCCAUUACACAGCCCCAUGGCAUCCUUCCCUGUCCUGCAGAAAGAGAUAAUGUUCCAGUCCGGAACCCAUGCCUACAGAAUUCCCGCUCUGCUCUACCUGCCUCAGCACAAGACACUACUGGCCUUUGUGGAAAAGCGGAUGAGCAAGAAGGAUGAGCACGCGGAGCUGAUUGUCCUGCGAAGAGGAAGCUAUGAUGCAUCCACCCACCAUGUCCAGUGGCACGCUCAGGAAGUGGUGGCUCAAGCCCAGCUGGAGGGCCACCGGUCCAUGAACCCAAGUCCCUUGUAUGAUGAGAAGACAGGAACCCUCUUCCUCUUCUUCAUUGCUGUCCCCGGGCAGGUGUCCGAGCACCAUCAGCUCCACACCAAGGUCAACAUGACACGGCUGUGCCAGGUCACCAGCAUGGACCAUGGGCAGUCCUGGAGCCCUGCCAGAGACCUCACUGACACCGCCAUCGGUGCAGCCCACAAGGAAUGGGCCACUUUUGCGGUGGGUCCAGGCCACUGUCUGCAGUUGCAGAAUGACACCCGGAGUCUGGUGGUGCCUGCCUAUGCUUACCGGAUCCUUCAGUCCCUCCAGAGGCCUUCCCCGUUUGCCUUCUGCUUCAUCAGCCAUGACCAGGGGCACACAUGGAAGAGAGGGAACUUUGUGGCCCAGGACACCCUAGAGUGCCAAGUGGCUGAAGUUGGGGGUACAAAGCAGAGGGUGGUGUAUCUGAAUGCCAGAAGCCCGCUUGGAGCCAGGGUCCAGGCCGAGAGUACCAAUGAGGGACUCGACUUCAAGGAGGCCCAACCUGUGAAGAAGCUUGUGGAGCCUCCCCAUGGCUGCCAUGGGAGCAUCGUCAGUUUUCCCAACCCCCAUGCAGGCUCAGGAGCCUCAGACAAAUGGCUGCUCUACACUCACCCGACCAACCCGCAGCAGAGAGCUGAUCUGGGUGUGUACCUCCACAAGGGACUCCCAGGCCCCGAUACCUGGUCGGAGCCCGCUCUCCUGGCAAAGGGCAGCUGCGCUUACUCAGACCUCCAGAGCAUGGGUAGUGGCCCCGAUGGGUCACCCCAGUUUGGGUGUCUGUAUGAAUCAUCUAAUUAUGAAGAGGUCAUCUUCCUCAUGUUCACCCUGAAACAAGCCUUCCCGGGAGAAUUUUUGUCUCAGUGAGCCAGUUGGGGUGCAGUCCAGGAAGGGCU